AUGAACGCAUCCCGUGUAGGGCGAGCGUCCCGACAAGCCAAAUGGCCCAAUCCAUCAUCCAUCCGAGGCGUGCAAAGUAAAGCCCCUCGUCCCAGACGCUCUCCGUAUGAUCCAAUACCCAAUAUCCUCCUCGCCGCAAGGCGAAGCCCCCCUUCCCAAUAUCAAACAAACCAUCCCACUGACAACUCACCACCCACCCACAGACCCAAGCUCCCUCCACGUCCGCAACCAUCCCAACAAAACAGAUCCCCUCAAUCCACCCCGUCCGGCCUAUCGCCCCGCGUCCUCACCUUCUUCGGCGUCACCGCACUCACAAUCAGCACCUAUGUCGGGUACCUCUACGCGUCGUACACGCGCGAAGUCGCCGCGGCGCAGGCGCUCGCGGUGCCGCGCGACGUAUCGGACCGGUAUGACCACACAGCGCGCUCCUUCGACGCCGACGUCGAGCUGUCCGAGAAAGCUAUGCGGCUGGGCGCCAAGCGGGCGGACCUGGUGCGUCGCGCGCGCGGCGACGUGCUCGAGGUCAGCUGUGGCACGGGCCGGAACCUAGGCUUCUAUGAGCUCGGGGAAAGGCGUGGCGUAGACGAGGCAGGGCGGGCGGCGGUGCGCGGGUGUCGGUCACUGACGCUGACUGAUCUGAGUGCGCCGAUGUUGGCGCUUUCGCGGGCGAAGUUUGAGGCGCUGGGGUCGGAGUUUGCGCGAGUUGGAUUCCGGGUUUGUGAUGCGGGGGCGGUCGAGGUUGUCAAGCCGGUGGGGAGGGCUGGCGAGGGUGAAGAGGAACGGUGGGAGAAGGGGCGAUACUACGAUACGGUGGUGCAAACGAUGGGCUUGUGCUCGAUGCCGGACCCCGUGGCGACGCUGCGGCAUCUGGGCGCGAUUACAGAGCCUGAGAAAGGGCGGAUUUUGUUGUUGGAGCAUGGCCGGUCCUACUACGACUGGUUGAAUCGCAUCUUGGAUAACUUGGCCCCAUCACAUGCGGACCGGCAUGGAUGUUGGUGGAACCGGGAUAUUGGGGCGAUAGUGAAGGAAAGUGGGUUGGAGAUCGUGGAGGAGAAGAGAUGGCAUUUUGGAACGACGUGGAGGUACGUUUUGCGCCCAAGGCAGACUUGA